AUGCGUAGUGACCAGGCUUUGCAGUAUCACAACACCGACGUUACAAUACUAAAUAAUGGCAUCGUCUAUGCGCAGUUCUCACGUUGGACUGCACUCACACAACGCUCAGACCUGUUCGGACGUGCGAUGAAUGGUGACGAUAGGGCGGUUGGGGUGAGCGGUGAGACGAUACGCAGCGGCGAAUUCGUGCUCACUGAAACGAUCACGAAACCGCUGUUCAUUCUGCCGUUUGGACGUAUCACAAGCAACGAUACAGCGUGA